CCCCUCUUUUCUCUUUUUCUGUUUCCUCAGAGUUUAUUCCCCAUCAUGGUUGCACAACAACGUCUCCCUACACGUCAAAACGUUGCCAAGAUCUUGAAGCACUUUGAAGCCAAAGAAGGCCUUAUUUAUUUGAAUGGUCAAGUGUUGGUGGAAAGAGACGAUACAGAUGUCGAGCAACCCUUCAGACAAGAAUCCAACUUUUAUUAUGUCACGGGUGUUGCUGAACCUGACUUUCAUGUGGUGAUUGAUGUGAGCACAAAGAAAGUCACCUUAUAUGCACCACCCAUCGAGCCCGAUCAUGUCAUGUGGAUGGGAUUACCCGACAGCAUGGAGGUGAUGAAGGAAAAGUACGAUGCAGACGCUAUUGCCUACGUCGACCAAAUGAGCCAACAACUCGAGAGGGCUUCCAUUAUCUAUACAUUACCCAUCACAAAGACAGAGGCUUUGAAACAAGACCAUCUCAAAGCCAAGCUGUGUUCUGCUGAACAAAGCAAACAACUCUAUCAAGCUUUUGUGGCUGCUCGUUCUAUCAAAGCCGAUUGGGAGGUCGAUUUGAUUCGAAAAGCCAAUGACAUUUCCUCCAACGCACAUAUCAAGCUCAUGAAGGCUGCUCACAAGGGCGCCAAUGAAGCCCAACUUCAUGCUUUAUUCUUAUACGAGUCUUAUAUGAACGGCGCCUUCUUCCAGGCCUACUAUCCCAUUGUCGGUGUGGGUAAGAACGCGGCCACACUUCAUUAUAAUAAGAACAAUGCCCCUUUGAACGAUGAAAAGGAAAUCGUGUUGGUCGACGCUGGUUGUGAAUACAACUGUUAUGCUUCUGAUAUUACACGUUGUUUCCCUGUCGGUGGCAAGUUCUCCCCUGAAGCACGCACUAUUUAUACCAUUGUUCUCCAGAUGCAAAAGGCUUGUUUCGAAGCUUGUAAGGCGGGUGUAGAGUAUGAAGAAAUUCAUCGCAUUGCUAUGCGUGUUGCUGUGGACGGUUUAUUAGAAUGUGGUAUUCUGAUGGGUGACAAGCAAGAGAUUUUAGACAAUUACGUGGGUGCUGCUUUCUUCCCUCACGGUGUCGGCCACAUGCUUGGUCUCGAUGUGCAUGAUGUCGGUGGCUAUCCUGAAGGUGUGGAUCGUAUUAACGAACCUGGCAUCCGUAAUUUACGUUUGCGCCGCAAAUUGGAAGCUGGUUUCGUUGUCACGAUUGAACCAGGCGUUUACUUUUGUGAUUUCUUGAUCGAUCCUGUGUUGAAUGAUCCCAAGACCGGAAAAUACAUCAACAAGGAAAAGUUGGCCCAAUAUAAGCCUGUCGGUGGUGUUCGUAUUGAAGAUAAUAUCUUGAUUACUGAAGAAGGAUACAUCAAUUUGACUCCUGUUCCCAAAGAAAUUGAUCAAGUGGAAGCUAUCAUGGCUGAAAAAUAAAAAAGGAGGGUCUUUCAUGACGCCUUUUUUUUUUUUUUUGCUUUCUU